AUGGAUCUGGUAUAUACAGAACAAGAGCCAAUUCAAGACAUCAAGGCUUUGCUUGGCGACAAAACCGAUGAAGAGAGAAAGGAAGUACCGCAAAACAGUCUGGUCGAUCUACUCUCCCUUGGUCGUGCAGGAGCAGGAUCAGAUCUAGAAAACCUACUGCCCAACACCCAAGAGCAUCGUGAUACGCUCCUCGACGUCUAUUUCGCGAACGUAGACCCAAUGGUGAGGAUCACCCAUAGACCAACAGUGGUCCGCAAGUUUUCCACCUAUAAUAGCGAAGCACAUCCUCUCGCCUAUGCCAUCUAUUUCUCUGCUAUCAACUCUCUGCCUCCAAAGGUAGUACACAACAAGUUUGGUGAGACCAAGGAAUCACUCCUCGAUCGAUUUCAGCUGGGUGUUGAGAUCUCGCUUGCUCGGGAAAAUUAUCUCACGACAUCAAGCCUGGAGAUAUUCCAGGGGUUCGUGCUGUGGCUGACCUGUAUUACCAGGGAAGAGGAUAUGGUAGGCAAAGCGUGGGUUUUGAUUGGCAUUGCAUUCCGCAUCGCUCUGAACCAGGGUCUGCACCGAGAUCCGUCUUUGUUUCCAACCGGCUCUAUGGACGCUUUAACUAUCGAGCUACGUCGUCGCAUGUGGCAUCAGCUAGGCCAUUUGGAGUUCAGGGCUGCAGAAUGCAAAGGGCAGGAACCGAGCAUCACCGAAGACUUUUACACUACACUAUUUCCACGCAACAUCGAUGAUGAGGACCUCGUAGACGGCGCAAGUCCUGGUCCGGCCCCGUAUGACGAACAGAAGUUUACCUCAAUGACGUUCCAGCUGGUUCGCUUUAACGGCAUGCGAGCCCUACGGCGGAUAGUCCAGAGUACCUACCGCCUCGAAAGACGUAUGCUCGACUCCGGGCUCCAUGGAACAUCUCGUCCUGAUCCUGCACAGGAACUCAGAGAUCUAUACGAACAGAUCAAGGUCAUGCUUGAUGAAGUUCACGAAGAGAAUCAAAGAAAAUAUCUGCAUUAUCUUACUCCUGAGGUACCGAUGGAGAGGCUGACGUUGGGACUGGCUUCUCUUCUGGAGUGGCGCGCUUAUCUGCUGUUUUGGCUUCGAAUGCCGCGUGCUUACCGUGAUGUAGUCUUCUCAGAUGAGAUUCGGCGUUCGAUCUUUGAAAAAUCAGUCAACUGUGUAGAAACACUAAACGGAGCGGCCGCAGAUGUCGACGCCGCUCGCUUCCAAUGGCACAUUGGUGGGAUCGCUUCCUUCCAGGCCAUCAUGCAUAUCCUAUCUGAACUUCGCAACCCUCUCUUCGACGCGCCCGAUCGACAACGCGCCCUUAGAGCUUUACAGAUGUCUCGAAUACUUCGGGAGAACAACAGCGCCAAAGCAUGGCAAGCUGUGAAAAACAUGAUCGACAAAGCCGUAUCUGAGCAUAAUCUCUCCCCAAGGGGCCAGUCGCAGCCUACGGGCCACUAUAUCAGCCAACCUAUGGUGCCAUCUGUACCCGUGGCGAUGAGCAACGCAUCGAACAGUAACACAGGCGUAUAUCCAGCAAUGCAAGCGAUCCCAAGCUACGCCUUCCAAAACACCUCUGCAGCUUAUGAUCAACAAGCAAUGCCGGGACCAUCCCAACCGGAGCCAAUGCAAUCCCAGCCAGACUUGUUACAAUCAAUGCAGUCCAUUCAGGAUCGUGCACCGUGUUGGGAUGACAUUAAUCUCAGCAACAUCAACAACAUCGUAGGCGAUGUACAAGCCAGCACUGAUGUGGUUCCCGACUUCGACUUUGGCUUCUGGGGAGAUCCUUUCAACUACGAAAACGAGCCUGCUGCAAUGCCGUUACAAGACGGCUAUUUUCCUCAGUGGCUUGGGUGA